UCUUCUGGGUCUUAGUCACUGAAGAUCAUGAUGGCGUAUAUGAACCCGGGGCCUCACUAUUCGGUCAACGCCUUGACUCUGAGUGGCCCCAAUGUGGACCUGAUGCACCCGGGUGUUCCAUAUUCAAGCGCUCCCAGGAAGCAGCGACGGGAGCGAACCACAUUCACCAGGAGCCAGUUGGAAGAGCUGGAGGCCCUGUUUUCCAAGACCCAGUACCCGGAUGUUUACGCCCGUGAGGAGGUGGCUCUCAAGAUAAACCUGCCUGAGUCCAGGGUCCAGGUAUGGUUCAAGAAUCGCAGAGCGAAAUGCAGACAGCAGCGGCAGCAGCAGAAACAGCAGCAGCAGCCCCCAGGGGGACAGGUCAAGGUUCGCCCUGCGAAGAGGAAGGCAGGCACAUCCCCACGGCCCUCUGCAGAUGUUUGUACAGACCCUCUGGGCAUCUCAGAUUCCUACAGCCCAUCUCUGCCUGGUCCCUCAGGCUCACCUACCACAGCAGUGGCCACUGUGUCCAUUUGGAGUCCGGCCUCGGAGUCUCCUUUGCCUGAGGCCCAGCGAGCUGGGCUAGUGGCCUCAGGGCCCUCUCUCACCUCAGCCCCCUAUGCCAUGACCUAUGCUCCUGCCUCUGCUUUCUGCUCUUCUCCCUCCGCUUAUGCGUCUCCAAGCUCCUAUUUCAGUGGGCUGGAUCCCUACCUUUCUCCCAUGGUGCCCCAAUUAGGGGGUCCAGCUCUCAGCCCUCUCUCAGGCCCUUCUGUGGGGCCAUCUCUGGCCCAAUCCCCUACCUCCUUGUCAGGCCAGAGCUACAGUACCUACAGCCCCAUGGACAGCCUGGAAUUCAAGGACCCCACAGGCACCUGGAAAUUCACCUACAACCCCAUGGACCCUCUGGACUACAAAGAUCAGAGUGCCUGGAAAUUUCAGAUCCUGUAGAAGAGGCUUCCUGUUCCCCCUUCCAACUGAAGCACCCUCUCUGGGCUCCAUCUGCCUCCUCCAGCUUAGAUUCCAGGAGAGUAGCCCCCAGGAAGGGACAGGAAGUAGCAAUCCUGCCAAAGGCUGUGGACAGUCAGCCUCAGGUUCAGUCCAAUCUCAGCUUCAUCAGAGAACCUAGCCCCUGUACAGCCUACCCCAUCAAUGAAAGAGGCUCUUGCCUCUCCUGAGCAAUCAGUAGAUGUCAUGAUUGUGAUGUGUGUGUCUGCUGCUUUUCCAAAGACUUCAAGUAAAGGUGCUUAGAAUGUGCUCCAGAGAGAAAGGAAAUCUGUCUUGCAAUUUACCUGGAGAAUGUUUAAGUCAGAACUCACGGUGCCCUAAGCCAGGUGUGCUGACUCAAUGUUUAUAAUCCUACAAUGGAAGAAACUGAGGCAAGGGGGAUUUCUGGGAAUUUGAGGCCAGCCUAGGCUCCAGAGUGAAACCUCUAAAUUCACUUGGAAAUUUUUAUACAGUUAAAGUUAACAAAUGUCAAGCUUACAUGGUAGAUUUAAGGGGUUGUCCAUUUGAUUUAUGUGUAUAUAUGAUUUAUGUAUCUGUAUAGAUAUUACAGGCAUGUGCCACUAAACUGAGCUGGGAGGCUGUGUCUUGGACAAAAGCAAAAUGCAAAAGAAGAUUGAUAUGAAUAUUUGGGAGUACUUGAAAGAUGAAUAGAAUGUAUUAGAACCUAGUCACCAGUUCCCAGGUGAGAUUGCGGGGGCACCAGUGCUGGGGUCUUCUGGAUGCCUGUAGAAAUUGAAUCUCAUCAAGAGGCUGGAAGCCCAGUUCAUGGGCCCACCUUUUAGAUGUCUACAGAGUAUGUCCAAUAUAUAUUUCAUAAGCCAGGAGUGGUAGCACACACUUGGUCACCACAGGGAGGGGGAGACAGGGGGGGAAUAAGAGUUCAAGGUCAUCCUUGUCUAUAUUGCAAGUUUGAGGCCAGCCUGGGCUACAUAACACUCUCCCUUCCUCCUACAAAUCCCACAUUCCAAGUCAUAAGACUGACCAGGAAAACGGUUGUAGAUUAGGGGACCAGGAGUCCCCCUCAUUUGAUGUUAGCUUCUCUGUUCUGUUCUCUUUUUUUUUCCCACUUUCUGGCCUCUCAGGUCUCCCUUCCCUGGCUACCCAGAGUGAAAUUGAUUAAAAA